UAUAGAGGGAGAAGAAGAAAUGUAUGUGAGGGGUGAUCAGCAGUGUAAGGAGGAGGAGAUCCCUACAGAUAUCAGCACAGAUGGACACACAAGCAGGAAUAUCUCAGAAGGACAUCUAAUGUUAUCCCCGGAUUGUGACAUAAAAGAUAAUGACAGUAGACAGGAUUCUCCAGGAGAUAACCUCAUUACCCCAAUUAUACAUCCAGCUCUAUCAGCUGAUCCCUCUGAUCCUGGGAAAUGUUCUCCUGAUCACUCUGAUAUUGGUGCAUCUGUUACAGCUCUGACAGUAGAUACAGUGUUUCCCUGUUCUAUAGAUGCCAAAUGUUUUACACAGAACACAAAGCUUAUAACCCAUCAGCCAGUUAAAGCAGGCGAGAGGCCAUUUCCAUGUUCUGAGUGUGGGAAAUGUUUUACAUACAAAUCAGCUUUUGUUACACAUCAGAGAUAUCACACAGGUGAGAAACCAUUUCCAUGUUCUGAGUGUGGGAAAUGUUUUGCACGGAAAUCAAAUCUUGUUAAACAUCAGAGUAGUCACACAGGUGAGAGGCCAUUUUCUUGCUCUGAGUGCGAGAAAUGUUUUACACGGAAAUCAAAUCUUGUUAAACAUCAGAGUAGUCACACAGGUGAGAGACCAUUUCCAUGUUCUGAGUGUGGGCAAUGUUUUGCACAGAAAUCACAUCUUGUUACACAUCAGAGAAGCCACACAGGUGAGAAGCCUUUUCCAUGUUCUGAGUGUGGAAAAUGUUUUGCACAGAAAUCAAAUCUUGUUACACAUCAGAGAAGUCACACAGGUGAGAAGCGAUUUUCUUGCUCUGAGUGUGGGAAAUGUUUUGGACGCAAAUCAGAUCUUGUUACACAUCAGAGAAGUCACACAGAUAAGAAUCCAUUUCUAUGUUCUGAGUGUGGGGAAUGUUUUGCACACAAAUCAGAUCUUGUUAUACAUCAGAGAAGUCACAGAGGUGAGAAUCCAUAUCUAUGUUCUGAGUGUGGGAAAUGUUUUGCACACAAAUCACAUCUUGUUACACAUCAGAGAAGUCACACAGGUGAGAAGCCAUUUUAUUGCUCUGAGUGUGGGAAAUGUUUUACCCAGAAAUCAUGUCUUGUUAUACAUCAGAGAAGUCACACAGGUGAGAAGCCAUUUCCAUGUUCAGAGUGUGGGAAAUGUUUUGCACACAAAUCAGAUCUUGUUAUUCAUCACAGAAGUCACACAGGUGAGAAGCCAUUUUCUUGCUCUGAGUGCGGGAAAUGUUUUGCACAGAAAUCACAUCUUGUUACACAUCAGAGAAGUCACACAGGUGAGAAGCCAUUUUAUUGCUCUGAGUGUGGGAAAUGUUUUACCCAGAAAUCAAGUCUUGUUACACAUCAGAGAAGUCACACAGGUGAGAAGCCAUUUUAUUGCUCUGUGUGUGGGAAAUGUUUUACCCAGAAAUCAAGUCUUAUUAUACAUCAGAGAAGUCACACAGGUGAGAAGCCAUUUCCAUACUCUGAGAAAUAAAUCAGCUCUUGUUUCACACAACAGACAUCACUUAGGUGAGGAACCAUUUUAAUCUUCUGGAGUAUACUCAUCAUUGCCAUGCGUUUUUCUUCAAGGUUCUUAUCCUAUCUCCUAUGCUUUUUGCAAUAU